UACUACUUUUUAUGAGUUUUUAAACGUGAAUUUUGUAUGUGUGUGCGCGUGUGAAGCUCAUCUGGAUUAUGGAAAGUGUUAAUGCAACCGUCACAGCAGCUAAUUUUCGUCAACAACAGCAACAACAUCAACAAUUACAACAGCAUCAGCAGCUGCAACAACAUCAUCAAGAGCAACAGCAACAACAUGAACAUCAACAACAAUUCUGUUUGCGUUGGCAUAAUCAUCAGACCAGUCUCCUGAGCACACUGCCGAUUCUACUAGAUCAGUCACACCUCACCGAUGUCACCAUCUCUGCGGAGGGACGCACAUUGCGUGCGCAUCGAGUUGUGCUCAGCGCGUGCAGCACUUUCUUUCUGGAACUAUUUCGUACACUGGACACAGCUAAUCAUCCAAUUAUUAUUAUACCGGGUGCUUCAUUCGCCGCCAUUGUGGCGCUGCUCACUUUCAUGUACUCCGGUGAGGUGAAUGUCUACGAAGAGCAGAUACCAAUGCUGCUUAGCCUGGCGGAGACCUUGGGCAUUAAAGGUUUAGCAGAUGUGCAAAAUAAUUUACAGAAAACACACAGACGUGCACAGACGGCACCACCAGCACCGCCACCCCAAACGCAUGAUUUUCUGGAAACUCUGCGUAAAGAUGAGUCCGAUACCUCACCUUCGCCACCCUCACCACAUCCCACGGUGUCCACCAGCAUGGCACCACCUACGUUGCCGCCACCAUUAGCUUCAACUGUGCCACCACCGAACGCCCAACUACCUCUCCUCUCGGCAACCACAAUGCCAAGUGCAUUCAAUGCAUCACUGCUCGGCAAUAAGCUACCCACGCCACUGGAGAGCCUAUUUCUCAAGUCCUUGCAGUUCUAUCCGAACUUAUUGCCCCAGCCGCUAAACUUUUCACAAACUGCUUUGAAUAAAACCAGUGAACUUUUGGCAAAAUACCAACAACAAUGCAACAGUUUGUACCAAGAUGCGCUAGGCAUUUCGGUGAAGGACAAUCCGCCUACGUUUGGCGGCGAAGAAUACACGACAGCUACACAGCUCUGUGCGGGAGCUAUUGAUGACGGCGGCGGUGGUUACGGUGCUGCAAAGCGUUUCUGUUUGGGUGAAAAGCAGCGACAAUUAACUGGUUCACCUGGUCAGCCGCACAUAUCCCACCUUCCCUUCCCACAUCAGCCAACGAACUCCCCUUCACCCCAAGGCCAUAUGCCACACAUCUUGUCCCAUGCCCAAUCAAAUCUACAGCAACAAAAAGACAUUAAACGUAUUGACAAAAUUGUGGACAAUUUACGUAAGACACCGUUAAGUGGGGAGAGCGCACAAUCAACACAGCCCCAAAGACAAUCCCCGCAGCAGCAGCACCUACAGAGUCACCUCCAAACGCCUACAUUGAGUGUUAAGACCCCAUUAGGCAGCAACUAUGCACCCACUUUGCCAUCACCCCAUAUGAGUGGUAAUAAAGCGCCUUGGUCUAUCACGGCGGCUGCAACAGCUACGGCACAAAGUCAACUACAACAGCAACACCAUCAACAUGCUCUGUCUUAUUUGAGCGCGGAAGACCAGGUGGCCAAGCUGCAGCAACAAAUAGAUCAAUUUGCCAGCUGCAGCCGUAGUGCAGCAUCAACAGUGACUACCACAACAAGUGUUAGCGGCAAUGAGCCUAAAGCCCACCCGCAGGCCGAUACCAACUUAUUGUCGACAUUGGCGGAGAAACCAGCAACUGGCACAGCGUCAAGUUCAAAUGCGCCGAAUGCCAGUCCACAACCGAAGCCGCCGUCGAACUCUAAGUUGUAUGCGACGUGCUUCAUUUGUCACAAACAACUGAGCAACCAAUACAAUUUGCGUGUGCAUCUGGAGACACAUCAGAAUGUGCGCUAUGCAUGCAAUGUCUGCUCGCAUGUGUCGCGCAGCAAGGACGCAUUGCGCAAGCAUGUUUCCUACCGUCACCCAGGUGCACCAUCGCCCUGCGAAUCGGAGGCGCGUCGCAAACGUGCCACCAAAGCAGCACACGCCUCACCACCCGUCGUUACGGUCACCACACCAACAAGCUCGGUUGGCUCGGGCAGCGGCAACGUUACACCCACUUCACCAGCUGCAGCAGUCAGCGCGCCCUUUCAACUGAAUCCACUCAAUACUAUUGCCACAUCUGGUAGCACUACAGCGGCAACCACAAGCGGUAUUGGUGAUGCUGUCACGCCUACCAUGGACGCGGAAGCACAAAUGGCGGCAGCGGCACAAUUAAGUUCUGCAUAUAUGUUUCUACCGAAUCAAUUUCACUUAGCGGCGGCAGCAGCGGCUGCGGCGCAACAUCAACAACAGCAACAACAACAAAUACAAAAUGCUUUAGAUGCUUCAAAUGCGACAGCGUUAAGUUUUGCUGCUACUGCAGCCUCAUCUGUGCCAACAACAACAACCAUCGCACCGGCUGCAUCCAAUGGUGAAGAUGGCGGCGCUGGUUUGUCAGUGGUCAGCAUCAUGCACAUCAAACGCGAGCCAAGUCCAGCUACAGAUAGUCCGGGUGGCCGGCAACAAAGUGGCGCCAGCAAUAAUAGUUUGGGCGCUGGCGUUGAUUUAAGUCCCGCAAAUAUGCCGUAAUAUCAUCAUCAAUAACUUAGGCACAAUUUUUAUGAUUUUAAUACUAUCAAAAUUUUUAGUUAAAUAUUUAUUUGUAGUCUUCAAAGCGGCUAUUAGGUUUAUAAGUCCUUGAGACCAAUAGUUCACACAAUUUAUCCCAUCGUUAGUCCCGGCUGUGAUAAUUAGUCGAAACCGUUGAUUUUUUUUUAAUUAAUUUAAAUUUACCUU